UGCCCUCUCCGCCCUCCUCCUCCUCUUCCUCCUCCUCCUCCGCUGCUCACACUCUCUCUCUUUCUCCCUCUCUCCCUCUGGCUCUUCUUCCUCGCCGCCUGCCUGGAAUGAUCUCAGCCGUCUCCAGCCCGUGGCUCACGCAGCUCUCCCAUUUUUGCGAUGUUGCAGCUUUCACCGCCAACAGCCUGAGCAGCCUCAACUCGGCCGCGGCCGCCGCGGCGGGCUACCCUCACCUCCCGCCCUCCCCGGCCGGAGAGACUUACGGCCAACAUGAGCCGCCCCACUACGACCCCUGCUCGGCCCAGCCGCCGCCUCACCACCCGCCGGCCCAGCAGCACCAGCACCAGCACCAACAACCGCCGCACCGCCACCACGGCCAGGCGCAACACGGCGGCUACUCCUUCGCGCCCGGAGCGGCGGCCAGCAACAACCCUCCACUCCCGGUGGGCUCCGAGGCUCCCGAAGGCGGCGGGGGCGGUGGAGGAGGAGGAGGAGGAGGAGGCGGCGGUGGAGGAGGAGGAGGAGGAGGAAGCAGCGGACCGGGCUCCGGCUCUGGAGGAUCGGGCCCGGCCUCGACCAAGGCUCCGGUCAAGAAGAACCCCAAAGUGGCCAACAUCAGCGUCCAGUUGGAGAUGAAAGCGCUGUGGGACGAAUUCAAUCAACUGGGCACCGAAAUGAUCGUCACCAAAGCCGGCAGGAGAAUGUUCCCCACGUUCCAGGUGAAAAUUUUCGGGAUGGAUCCCAUGGCCGACUAUAUGCUCCUGAUGGACUUUGUACCGGUGGAUGACAAACGUUAUAGGUAUGCGUUUCACAGUUCCUCCUGGCUGGUCGCUGGCAAAGCCGAUCCUGCCACACCGGGGAGAGUGCACUAUCACCCGGAUUCUCCUGCGAGAGGAGCUCAGUGGAUGAAGCAGAUCGUGUCCUUUGAUAAGUUGAAGCUGACGAACAAUUUAUUGGAUGACAAUGGGCAUAUCAUUUUGAACUCCAUGCACAGAUACCAGCCCCGUUUCCACGUCGUCUACGUGGACCCGCGGAAAGACAGCGAGAAGUAUGCGGAGGAGAACUUUAAGACCUUUGUCUUCGAGGAGACCCGGUUCACCGCCGUCACGGCCUAUCAAAACCAUCGGAUAACCCAGCUCAAGAUUGCCAGCAAUCCAUUUGCAAAAGGAUUCCGGGAUUGCGAUCCUGAAGAUUGGCCUAGGAAUCACCGACCAGGAGCCCUACCUCUUAUGAGUGCCUUCGCUCGGUCGAGAAAUCCCGUGUCUUCCCCAGUGCACCAAAAUGGAACUGACAAAGAUAUAGUGGAGAGUCGACGGGAAUACGAACGGGAAUCGGCUAGCGGGACACCCCUCCACGCCGAUCCAACUCAUCAGCAGCUCAUGUCUCGGGUGUUAAGUCCGGCGCUCCCGGUUCCUGGUGGUGGCGGCUUGGUCCCCCUCCCUAGUCCAGCUGGAAGUCGGCCUAGUCCCCCCCAUCAUGAGUUGCGGCUGGACCCCCCUGCUUCCGAACCUCUCCAUCACCAUCCCUACAAGCAUCCGGUCUCCGCUUACGACCAUUAUCUAGGAGCCAAGAGCCGGCCAGCCCCCUACCCCUUGCCCGGUAUCCGAGGACACAGUUACCACCACCAUCAUCACCACCACAUGAAUCCAGCUGCUGCUGCAGCUGCGGCUGCUGCCGCCGCGGCCGCCAACAUGUAUUCCACUGCCGGCGCGCCCACGACCUAUGACUACGGACCGAGAUAACGUCUCCGAUGCACGCUCCUCGAGCUCGGACCGACUCUUUGCAUGGUGUGAAUUGCUCAGUACGUUUGGGAAGCGUUUCCUGUUUUGUCGAAUUUGGGGUGGGGUAUGGGGAAAAUCCGCCAUCGUCCCCCUUGUGCACACGGUUUUCUUCCUCGCGCCAUCCUUUCCACCAGGUUCUGUUGUUGGACACGUCGUUCAAGAUUUGUGUUGUGUUUUUCCCAUCCGGGGAGUUGUGAUCUUUGGCUCGCGUUUGGGGCAAUGCGGUGGAGCGAUGGAAGGCUGGCGUUCUCUCGUACUCGCUUUAUGUCGCCGGCUGUGGGGCUCGAAGGGCAGUUUCUCCUCUCCUCAGCUUUCCACUCGGCCCUCUGAGGUGCAGUUCCUUCUCCCUGGCGUAACCCACCAAGCGUCCAGGUGUUGUUUCCUAGCUGUUCUGGCCCUGAUGCAGCUCUAUACAGGUAGUCCUUGACUUACAACCGUUCCCUUAGUGACUUUUCAAAGUUACGACGGCCCCAGAAAAAAAGGUGACUUCCGACUGUUCUUCAGCUAACGACCCCAUAGUCACGGGAUCAAAAUUCGGCCCUGUGGCGACCGGCAUGUAUCUGUGACCGUUCCAUUGUCAAGGGAUGGCCAUUGGUAACCUUCCCACCCAACUUCCAACUAGUCAAUGGGGGGAAGCCAGAUUUACUUAACAUCCACAUGAUUUACAGAUUUAACAGACUUGGAAGGGAUCUUGUAGGUCAUCUAGUCCAAGCAGGAGACCCUACACCCAUGAUGGCGAACCUAUGGCAUGUGUGCCACAGGUAGCAUGCAAAGCCAUGUCGCCUGGCACGCCAGCUCAGCUCUGACACGCAUGCGUUGGAGUCUCUGGAGGCUGGGGACAGCAAAAAAGUCACUUCCUGUCCAACCAGAAGUUGGGAAAUGGCCUGUUUUGGGCCUCCGGGGGCCUCCAAGGGAGUGGGGAAGGCUGUUUUCGCCCUCCCCAGAUGCAUAGAGAGGAUCUGGAGCCAGAUGAGAAAGAAAAACAGGCCAACCGGGCCAUCACGUGCUAGGAACGGGAGGAAGGGGGGGGUCGCAUGCGCGGGGCGGGGCGCAUAGAAUUAUGGGUGUAGGUACACAUGCACGCGAACCUCUCCCGCCCCCCCCCCUUCCUGGCACGCGAUGGCAAAAAGCUUAGCCAUCACUGCCCUACACCAUUUCUGACGGGCCAGCCCAGUCUCUUCUUGCAAGCUUCCAGUGAUGAAGCUCUCACAACCCGUGAAGGCAAGUCCCUCCACUGAAUAUAGAAUAACAUAGUUGGAAGGGACCUUGUAGGUCAUCUAGUCCAACCCCCAACCCCAGCCCAAGCAAGAGACCCUACAUCAUUUCUGACAGAUGGCGGUCCGAUCCCUUCUUGAUUCAUUUAACAACUGCAGGGAUUGGGUGAACAACAUGUGGCAAACAUGGGGUACCGCUCACUUAACCACCGCCUCACUUAGCCACGGAAAUCUGGGGCUCAAUUGCGGUCGUAAGUCGAGGACUACCUCUUUGUUCCCCCCUGGCCCGUUCUUCCUACCGUAGUGGGGACCACGUCACCCACCAGGGUUUCUUUUACAGUGUUGAGGAUCCAGUCUCAGCGAUCUCUGUUGGAGAGCAGUUGGGAACACCUGAUUGGGACAAUCUACAUCCGACCUUGGAGAGCUUUGCCCAUCCAGGUACGGCUCAGGAAUUCUGGGAGUUGAAGUCCACAGGGGCCAUAAAGGGGCCGUAGUUCCCCACUCCCUGGAGUAGACCAACCUGGCCUACAGGUAGUCCUCAUCUUACAACUGUUCGUUUAAUGACCGAAGUUCCAACAGCCCUAAACGUAGAAUAGGAGAAUAACUUUUAUCGUCACUUUAAAUGUACACUAAUCGGCAUAUAUAUAUAUUUUUUAAAAAGUGACUUUUUUUCACACUUACGGCAUCCCCAUGGUCACACACGAUCCAAAUUCAGACGCUUGGCAACUGACUCGUAUUUAUGUCGGUUGCAGUGUCCCAGUGUCCCCUUUUGCGACCGCCCGACAAGCAAAGUCAAUGGGGAGAGCCAGAUUCAUUUAACAAUGGUACGACUUACUUAACCGUUUCAGGGAUUCCCUUAACCCCCGUGGCAUGAAAAACGGGGCAAAAUUCACUUUAAACAGAACAUAACAGAAUAACAAGAGUUGGAAGGGAUCUUGGAGGUCAUCUAGUCCAACCCCCACCUCCCCAUCCCCAAGCAGGACACCCUACACCAUUUCUAACAGGGGGCAGCCCAGUCUCUUCUUGAAAGCUUCCAGGGAUGAAGCUCCCACAACUUCUGUAGGAAAGUCGUUCCAUUGCAUAUAGAAUAAAUGAGUUGGAAGGGACCUUGGAGGUCAUCUAGUCCAACCCCCACCCCCCACCCAAGCAGGAGACCCUACACCCGUGAUGGCGAACCUAUGGCACGCGUGCCAGAGGUGGCACACAGAGCCCUCUCUGUGGGCAUGUGUACCGUUGCCCGCUGCUCUUCCGGUUUCUAGAAAACCAGGCUGUUUUCCAGAGCCAUUUUGGGGUCAUUUUCUGGGUUCUUUUCCAGGCUGUUUUUAGGCAGUAUUUUUGGGCCAUUUUCGGCCAGAAAGAUGGCCAGAAAACAGGUCACUCUCCUGCCUUUUUUUAGGCUGCUUUUUGAGUGUUUUCAGGCCGUUUUUGGGCCAUUUCCAAAAAUGGCCCCCCCAAAUGCCCAAAAAACAGGCUGCUUCCGCCGGCCAGCUGGUUUUUGGGUUUCCGGUGCCGGCGUGCACACAUGCAUGCACACGUGUUCCAGUUUGGGCUCUUGAUGUCGAAAAGGUUCGCCAUCACUGCCCUACACCAUUUUUGACAGGGGGCAGCCCAGUCUCUUCUUGAAAGCUUCCAGGGAUGAAACUUCCGAAGGCAACCUCUGUUCCAAUUCAACACAGAUCUCACUUAGCGACAGAAAUCUGGGGCUCAAUUGUGGUUGUAAGCUGAGGACUACCUGUGUGCUGGAAAGAAGGCAGCUUCCUGCAUGCCUCCCUAACCCGGCAAUCCUGGGACGUUGUCUUCUUCGGCCUUCUGAGUGACGGGCACAGCUGACGACGAUCGUCCUGGACUAUGCGGUCCCUCCUGACCUGCGCUCAGUUGUCACACGCAAGCAUGUGCUUAGCACAUGACUGGCAUGGGCCGGGUGGGCGCUGAGAUGCCGACGGUGGCAUCUCUUGGUCCCCUGCCACCCAACCUCUCCUGAUCCAUGCCUCUUGUUUCGGGCUGGUGCCAAGCCAACCAUGCCCUUGAGUUCUGGAAUUCUCAUUGUCACUAACAAGGCAUUUCGGAAGCCCGGCCAACUCCACCCACCAGAAGCAAUGGCUUUCACGAAUGCAGGUCCUCCUCGACUUAACAACGGUUUCUUCAGUCCCCGUUCGUGACUUAUGACCACCGUUGCAACAUCCCCCACGGUCAAGCGAUCAAAACUCAAGGCGGCUCGGCGACGGACUCGUAUUAGUGACCGUGUUCCUAGCAUAACAUUUGCAGUGAUUUCGCUUAGCCUUCCUCGUGGCAAGGAAGGUCACGAAAUGUGCGUGGGGGGAAAACCCCUCGCUUUGCAACUGCCUCGCUGAGCGACGGAAAUUUGGCACUCAACGGUUGGUCGUAAGCUGAGGACUAUCUGUAUUCCCCAUAUCCCAACAGUGUUAUUAGGGCCGGUGGACGCCAACGGAAAUAAUACAAUCUCCCUGCCGCAAGAGCAUCCCACCCACUCUCGAGAAGCAGAAGAGAGAGAAGGGGCCACAGGAGGAGGAGAGCCUUGGAGGAGGUCCAGGGUCGUUUAUUUAUUUAUUUAUUUUUCCGGCAGCCGGCUUGAGACGCGGUUUAGAAAGAAUCCGUAAGCAGCCCCUGGACAGAAAGCGUUGGAAGGGACUUUGGAGGUCUUCUAGUCCAACCCCACCCCACCCCUUCCCACAAGCUGGAAUAAAAACCGAUGUUUUCUUUG